UGUUGAGCACUCAACUGUCAAAUUAUCUGUCAAAUAAAAUAAUCAUAACGUUUCGGGAUGAUUUGUUUGCAAGUUUUGUGAUUUGGCAAACUUAUUCAACUUUAAACAGUAGGGCACAAUUUCUAAAUGCCUAGUUUAUAAGAUUAUUUAUCAGUUAUAUGCCUUACAACAAUAACAAUUAAUGUUAUAACGAAAUGGACUUAUAGUGAAUCAUAUGGUGUGAUCAAGUUAUUUGGUUAUAAUAUCGAUCCUCGGAGUCUACAAUGGAUUUCAUCAAGAUUUCGAAGGUAUUGUAACGAGACGCGCUUAUUUACUAUUCAACAUUGGUUUAUAACACACUUUACAGACACGGAUGGUAUGUUUUCUGCAGGUGUCGCCAUACUAAAUCUCAUAAAAAAAUUUAAAGCUUGUGAAAGAGUAAUAAACAUCCAUACAAACUUUCGCCUUUAUAAUAUAAGUAGGAUACAUAUACAAUACGCAGUAUGCCACAGAACCGUGAAUAUAGCAUCAGGGUGCAAGCUCAAUAUCGGACUCAUUUGGUAUUCAGCGGGCAUUCAAGAUUGUUGGCCACUCGCCGCCCUCAGCCUGCUAUGUUCAUUUAUACCUGUUUGCGAACCAAAUACAAUACGUACGCUUUAGUCUUUCACAACCUAAAAGAAGAAGUGAGGUGUUAUACGAUGUGUGCACACUGAUCAUGUGGUUAAUAGCUAUAAAACAGACGGACACAAAAGCGUACUUUUGUUUGAGCGCUGAUUAAAAGUUACCCUCAACGAAGAAGAUUAUAUGGUUGAAGAAAUGCCAAUAGAGGUCGCAAGGUGUCUGCCUAUACAGGUCUAUAACUAUACCUAUAAAUGUUAAUAUCACAGUUCUAUCACAGUCAUGUCUGUUCAUAGACGAUGGAGUGUUAAUAUUGACGUAGACAGUAUCAUAUCAACACACGUGUUAACGAAUAAACACAAAAGGUAUCACACACCGUAAAUCCCUGUAGGAAGCAAACAAUAGCCUCUCGCCUAUUGUUCCCGAACAAAAAGCUUCAGGUUUCAGUGAACUUCGCUGAAGCUUUCAGUCUUCACGGGCUUCCAGCCUCUAACCAGCCACUCGAGUAAUUAUAAGGAUUUGAACCUACUAUUUUGAGUACGGUAGCUAAAGCUAAGUCUAAAAUGAUAAAAAAUUGAUUAAAAUGAAAAAUUAAAAAAGAUGAUUUUAAAAUCCCCUUUUGUUACUAGGAAAUAUUUUCUCGCGGGCAUCGAUUUGCAUUGAACGGGUUUCCCGGGUAUUUCGGGAUAAGAAGUAGCCUCUGACAUUAAAAGAUUGGUUACUAAGGGUACUCCACCAGUUCGGGGCGGGAUAGGGGAGCGGUGCGCAAAUGGCAUGAGCGGAGUUUUUAUGCAAUCUCAUUGGUCAAUUUCUCCGCUCCGCUCCCUCGCUCCGCACUGGUGGACAGGUAGCAUAACAGUUGAUGCGGAGACUGCGGACUACUACUUCUUUAAAAUAUUUACUACAUAUCCCUCUUUUAUUUGAGACAUCAGUAAAAUCAAUAUUUUAAAAGUAAUCGCUUUCAUAAUUCAGCCUUUCAGAUUCUCUUUUUUUCGAUUCUCAUUUAAGUAUUUACCUACUACUUAUAGACAAAGUACGUAAUGAUCAGAAAGUUUUAGUUUAUUACUUCUUUGUUGAUAAUGAAACUUAAAAACUACAAAGCUACUUAUAAUUUAUCAUAUGGCUUUAUUCAGUAGUUACACAAGCUACUUAAAAAUAUACUUAUAUUUUUUUUAAACUCAGAAUAAUAACAUUACAGGCCCGCGCUUUUAUUUCAUUGAUGAAAGAAAAAAGUUUUAUUUAUAUUGCUCUAUGUUCAAUGUCGGGUAUAAUACAAAGUACUCUGUGGUUCAAUGUUUAAUCAAACUUCAAAGUCUUCAAACAUUUGGAAAUAUUUCUACUCUGAGUUCACAGGUUUAUAAACUUACGUAUUUAACAAAAUGUAUCAAGGUAAGAAUGAUAAAGGUUUCGUUUCGUGCAAUGAUGAUAAGACGGCAGUUUUCUCGCUGCCCAUUGACUGGGUCCCUCGAUCUGGAGGCUUGGGCCUGAAAAAGUAUUUAGAGGAAAAACCUCUGAAUCAUGAAGAAACCACGCGAGAAAUGGAAGCUGCAGCAGAUGCUUCGAACAAGGAAAUCGAAGCUAAUGUUGAAACUAUAACAAAUAUUCUAAAAACUGAAAUAAACAAAUGUGAUCUAGAUACACAGUGUCUGCUCGAUAAAUAUAAAUCUGAUGCCCCAAUAACAAAGGACACCCAGAUUAAAGCUGUAAAUGAAAUCAAACAGUUCAUGAAUAAUAAAUUUUCUGCAAUCGAAGAUUUUAAAAAUGAAGGCUUAAGAAUAGAACGUGAAAGAGGUAACUGCAUAAAAGAUUUGCUAAAAGAGUAUUUGCAUCGCUUUAUAACUAUCGGCCACGUGGUACCUAAAGAGCUUAAAAAAGAUUUUGAGAACCGGAUAUUUGAAGCAAAUCAACAAUUGAUUAGUAACUGUAGAGUUUACGAAGAUAUGAGUUGUCAGUUGAAGAUAAUUGCUACAGAAGAGUUCAUGAAAGCCAAGGCAAGAUUGAAUGAAUUGGUAUUCACUUCUAAAAUUAUUGACCGUCCCGUCAGUGCCACCAAAAUAAGCUCACAAGAACCAAUGUUAUCUUAUUCACGUAGGUCAAGCAGUACAUCUUGUUCAGUGAACCCUACAUAUCCAGUACUAAAGCAGAAACCCCUACAAGUGACUGAAAAAGAUCAGUACAUUGCUAGGGUUAUCGAAAUCUACAAUACCUCUAUUGCCCAAGGCUAUAAUAAAUUAUCUUAUCACAUUAAACAUAUAAAUAAAGAACGAGAUUUUAAAUGUCUGGAGUAUUUUGAUCCCAAAGUAAGCGAAGUUUUACAUAAAAUGAUUGAACGUAUUUCACCGCGCAUUGCCACUUCUGACGAUGACGCACCAGAAAAAUGCCUUGACAUCUGGAAUUUGCAUACUGAUCUACCGAUAAUAUUGGAUAGUCUUAAUUACUUCAAUGAAGCUAUGAGGAACACAUACCUUAUUCUACGUGACACGUAUUCUUUAGCCGACGCUCACAUGAUGCGCUUGGGGUUGGCUCAAAAACUCACUAUGGCCAGUUUAGAUGAAUUAAUGGCUAAUAACGAUCGCAUUCAAUCAAUCAAUGAAGUUGAAUAUUCCGUAGUGAACAAAAACAUAGCGACAUGCUCUGACGCUAAUAAAAUGGUUACAGUGUGCAAAAAUGCUGCGAGUUUAUUUGAUCGCACCGCAGAGUUAUAUAAGCGACAUUAUGAAGCUGAAUUAGCUCACCUAGACCAGUUCAGGAAUCUCAUCACACCAUUAACAGAUGUUCUUAAAAGUGAAAUUGGUAUGUUCCUCCAGAAUCACUCAAUGGCAUGUUCUUGUCCGGCCAUGGAAUCGUCAAUUCAUAAUUCCUCUCAGAUUUACCAGGCAUUUUUGAAACAACUAUAUGAAAAUAAAGCAUUGCUAGAAUUUAAUAACGCAUGUCUUGAAAAGCUCGAUAGUAAUUUGCAACUGAUUGAAGAAAACGUUCAAAAUCAAGCUUCAAAAUGGAUUGAAAGUAGAGCCAAUUUUUUACGGUUGCGGCACGCAGCCAAAACUAUUUCGCAUUCUGUACGAGUAGAAACAGUGAAUAGAUGCAGCGCCAACCGUCUAGCUGUCCUAGAUCUCCAAGCCAGGCGUAUAGCUUCACAUGUCAAAGUGUUUGAAGACUUAGAACACCGAUUGCUGCAAGAAGCGUCUAAUUAUCUCAGCCUAGAGGCAUCUGAACUGUAUCCUUUGUGCGACUGGAUAGAUCGGACAAAGGCCCAAAUAGAAGAGCUUUCAUCUAAUGAAACCACAGAUCCAGAAGUAAAACGACUCAAAAUGAGUAGCUACAAACCUCGGGUGUACAGGUAUCGUAAGCUUUUUGAGGAAUCUCUUAUAGAUGCUAUAGCUGCGUGCAAGAAAAAAUCAGAACGUCUCAUAGAAGACGUUGUUAAUGAAAAUGAGAAUUUUUUUUCCGAAAUUAAACUUUUUUAUGAAAACGGGACAUACUCCGCAGCUGAGGCAAUGAAGGACAGCUCGGAAAUUAGCAAGAUGACAAACCAAGUGAAGGUGUCGAUUGAUCGAUUGGGAAAUGCUUUCAGGAAACGUCAAAGUGAGCUAUUGGUUUUGGCUGAUAAAUACAUGGAACCUGUUCUCAUAUUGUUGGGAGAGAUGUCUCCGUCGUCUGAAUUACCAGGUAAAAAAAAGAAAAAAGGAUUGAAAAAAUAGAAAUAGUCGCUACUUAAUAUAUUAUAUACUUCUAUCUAUACUCAUUUCAUCUUUCAUUUCGUGCACCUAGUUAGAUACUUUUUAUUAAAAUCAAUAAAAAGUGUGAUUAAUUUACAAGUAAGCACGCUACAUAACGUUAUAGGAAUUUGUUGUUCCGUAAAUUACUUUAAUAUUUACUUGAAUAAAGUUCUUUUCAUUCUGUAAUUAAAUAUCUCUUUGAAAUUUUAUCUAUUUACUGCUGCGAGAUAUUUCAAGUCGUUAAUUAAAAUGAAACAAGCAAACUUUACUGUUUUUUCCAGUUCUUUCAUCUACGUAUUUUCAAAAGCUUCCCGUUUUUCUUUUGUUCUGUCCGUAUUUACUAUGUUA